AUGCGUACAGCCGGGGGCCAGGCGAGCUCCUCGGCUCUACUUGCCCGCCGCUCUUUCGCGGACAUGGUGGCGAACGCUCCACAACCGAUUCCGGUAGUUGAGAUACCAUUGAGACCCCUGAAAGUUUUGGAUGGAGAAAUUUUUAGUUUUUCCAAGGAUGAAAUUACAAAGUCGGCUGAACCAUUCAUAUUUUCUCUUGUAUUAAAAUUCUUGAGGAAUCGUCCAUCUCUGGAUGACAUUCGGUCUUGUAUUCGAAGAAGAUGGGGGCUUGUAGAUCAGCCUGUAGUUUCGUCAAUGGCGGCAUCCAGGUCGAUGUUUGUAAGAUUUGCAAAUGAAGGGGAUUUUAAGAUGGCAAUAUCCAGAGAGUCUUGUGAAAUGAGGGGAGUCCCGUACCGUGCAUUUCAUUGGUCGACGGAUUACACUGAUGAAACAGAGUCCCCAGUGGUUCCUGUAUGGAUUUCGCUCCCUGGCUUGCCUCCAAAUAUGUUUCAUGAAUCGUUUCUGGAAAAUAUAACCUUACCUAUAGGAAAAUAUGUAAGAAGUGAUAACUGUACUAGAUGUGCUACCCGCACGGAUGCGGCUCGUAUCUGCGUGGAAAUGAACGCAAAUAUGGAUCCUAUUGAAUCGAUUUGGAUUGGGGUGCCUCAUCAGAAGGGCAGUCGAUUGCAGAAGGUUAUUUAUGAAAAUCUCCCAGCGUAUUGCAGGCUCUGUAAGACGCAGGGGCAUAACAUAUCGAAAAGUCGAAAAGCUGGUGGCCAGGAUGGAAAGAACAUAAAUCUGGUGGGGAAUAAGGCUAGGAACAGAAGGAUGUACAAGGAAAAGGAUCUGACUGAAGAAGAACCGGGCCAAUUGAUGGCUUUGGAAAUGGAUAAAGGGAAGGAGCUAAUCUCCUCCGUUCAGGUUGAAAACAGGUUGUCAAUCGAGGAAAUAGAAGAGGGGGAGCUUUAG